GAAAAUCGAAUAGUGGUAAACCUACCCUUGAGAGCGGCGGAGUCCUUCACAUCUGGUUUCAGCAGCCCUUCCUUGUCGCAGUUCUCUUCUGUUCUUCAAGUUCGGAUAAAUUGGUCCACCAGUUAGUUCUAGUGCUAAUGUUACAGUUACGCUAGUGCUGCUGCUAAUACUGAGAGAAAUAGAGAAUGAGAAUAAAGUGGACUACAAAACUCCACUGUUCCAGUUUGAUUAAAAGGUACUUUACUAGUAGUGAUAUGGCGGAGGAAGGCGGGAAGAGCUUUGCCAGGAGAGACCGGCUUCUAGAGAUCGAGGCAAAGGCUCGAAACUGGUGGGAGGAGAAACAAGUUUUCAGGGCAGAGUCUUGUGAGAAGCCUCCCGGACCAGGGGAGAAGUUCUUUGGAAACUUCCCCUUCCCUUAUAUGAAUGGUUUUCUGCAUCUCGGACAUGCUUUUUCACUCUCGAAGCUGGAGUUUGCUGCGGCCUAUCAGAGAUUGAGAGGCGCAAAUGUGCUCCUGCCUUUUGCUUUUCACUGUACUGGCAUGCCCAUCAAGGCCUCAGCUGAUAAGCUUACUAGGGAGAUUCAACAGUUUGGAGAACCUCCUGUUUUUCCCGAAAAAGUGGAGAAGGGGAACGAGGAAGUGGAAGUGGAAGCCGAGGAUGUCAAUGCAGGUGCACCUCCAGCCAAGCAUAAGGGAAAGAAGUCGAAGGCUGCAUCAAAAUCAGGCGGCGAAGUGUACCAAUGGGAAAUUAUGCGAAGCUUUGGCCUCUCCGACAGUGACAUAUCCAAAUUUCAGGAUCCUUAUAAGUGGUUGACUUAUUUUCCCCCAUUGGCAGUGGAGGACCUCAAGGCUUUUGGCCUAGGCUGUGACUGGAGACGUUCCUUUAUUACUACAGACAUGAAUCCUUUUUUCGACACCUUUGUGAGGUGGCAGGUUAGGAAACUGAAAUCCAUGGGCAAGAUUGUCAAAGAUCUCCGUUACACGAUAUACUCUCCGAUGGAUGGGCAACCCUGUGCAGAUCAUGAUAGGUCCAGUGGUGAAGGAGUUCAGCCUCAAGAAUACACUGUCAUCAAAAUGGAACUGAUGGCACCUUUCCCUUCUAAAUUGGGAGUGUUGGAGGGGAGGAAAGUGUUCCUUGCUGCAGCAACACUGAGACCUGAGACCAUGUAUGGACAAACAAAUGCAUGGGUAUUGCCUGAUGGUAAGUAUGGUGCCUUUGAAAUCAAUGAAACAGAUGUGUUUAUUCUUACUCAGAGAGCAGCACGUAAUCUUGCUUAUCAAAAGUACUCUAGGGUCCCAGAGAAACCUACUUGCUUGGUUGAACUGACUGGUUAUGAUUUGAUUGGCCUUCCAUUGAAGUCGCCACUAGCACUGAAUGAGAUUAUUUAUGCUCUUCCUAUGUUGACUGUCCUAACAGACAAAGGUACUGGGAUUGUGACCAGUGUACCUACUGAUUCUCCAGAUGAUUAUAUGGCCUUGCAUGACUUGAAAUCAAAACCUGCUUUUAGGGCAAAAUAUGGUGUGAAAGAUGAGUGGGUACUGCCCUUUGAGAAUAUCCCAAUCAUUGAUAUUCCAGGAUUUGGAAAUAAUGCUGCGGAAAAGGUCUGUGCAGAUCUCAAGAUCAAAAGCCAGAAUGAGAAAGAGAAGCUAGCAGAAGCCAAGAGGUUGACAUACUUGAAAGGAUUCAAUGAAGGAACACUGAUUGUGGGGGAGUUUAAGGGAAGGAAAGUCCAGGAGGUUAAACCCUUGAUAAGGAGCAAGCUUAUAGAGGCGGGGGAGGCAAUAUCAUAUAGUGAACCUGAGAAGCGAGUACUAUCAAGAUCAGGUGAUGAAUGUGUUGUUGCGCUUACAGAUCAAUGGUACAUCACAUACGGGGAAACUGAAUGGAAAAAACUGGCGGAAGAGUGCUUGUCCGGCAUGAGUUUGUAUUCUGAUGAGACACGGCAUGGAUUUGAACACACAUUGAGCUGGUUGAAUCAGUGGGCUUGUUCACGAUCUUUUGGUCUUGGGACUCGCAUCCCCUGGGAUGAAGAAUUCUUAGUUGAGUCAUUGUCUGAUUCAACUAUUUACAUGGCUUAUUACACCAUUGCUCACUUCCUACACAAUGGAGACAUGUAUGGUUCCAGCAAAUCUGCAAUUAAACCUGAACAAAUGACUGAUGAGGUCUGGGAUUUUGUUUUCUGUGAUGGCCCGUAUCCUAAAUCAUCUGAGAUCUCAUCAUCAAUUCUGAGUAAGAUGAAGCAGGAGUUUGAAUAUUGGUAUCCUUUUGAUCUUCGGGUGUCUGGCAAGGAUCUAAUACAAAAUCAUUUAACCUUCUGCAUCUACAACCAUACAGCUAUUAUGUCCAAGAAGCACUGGCCUCGUGGUUUCAGAUGCAAUGGGCACAUAAUGCUCAAUGCUCAGAAAAUGUCCAAGUCUACAGGGAACUUUAGGACAAUUCGCCAGGCAAUUGAGGAAUUUUCUGCUGAUGCCACUCGCUUUUCUUUGGCUGAUGCUGGAGAUGGUGUUGAUGAUGCAAAUUUUGCAUUUGACACUGCCAAUGCUGCAAUCCUGCGGCUUACUAAAGAGAUCUCAUGGACGGAAGAAGUUUUGGGUGCAGACUCUUCUUUGAGACCAGGCCCCCCAACUACUUAUGCUGAUAGGGUCUUUGCGAAUGAGAUAAAUAUUGCUGUGAACAGGACUGAGCAGAAUUACAGUGGUUAUAUGUUCCGAGAAGCCCUCAAGACUGGAUUUUAUGAUCUUCAAGCUGCUAGGGAUGAGUAUCGGUUUUCGUGUGGUGAUGGGGGAAUGAACCGUGAUUUGUUGUGGCGUUUUAUGGAUGUGCAGACACGUCUUAUUACUCCAAUCUGCCCACACUAUGGAGAAUAUGUAUGGAGGGAACUCUUGAAGAAGGACGGGUUUGUGGUAAACGCAGGAUGGCCUUUGGCCGACGCUCCGGACCUAACCCUCCAGAGUGCCAAUAAGUAUUUGCAGGACUCAAUCAUUUUAAUGAGGAAGCUCCUUCAAAAGCAAGUUUUAGGCUCAAAGAAGGGUAAUAAGAAGGGUACUCCAGUUACAGCGUUGACAGAAGACCACAAUCUAACUGGCUUAAUCUAUGUGAAUGAGCACUUUGAUGGGUGGAAGGCAGAGUGCCUGAAAAUCCUCCAAAUUAACUUUAACAGGGACGGUCGUACUUUUUCUUCAGACAAGGUGAUACAAGAAGCAUUGCAAAAAAGUUCUAUUGGUCAGUCGAAAGAUUUUAGACAAAUCCAAAAGCUUUGUAUGCCUUUCAUGAAAUUCAAGAAGGAUGAAGCAAUUGCAAUUGGGGCUCAGGCCUUGGAUUUGAAGCUACCUUUUGGCGAGAUUGAGGUCCUUCAAGAGAACUUGGACUUAAUUAAGAGACAGCUUGGUCUUCAAGAGGUAGAAAUAUUGUCUGCUACAAAUCCUGAUGCACUUUCUAAAGCUGGUUCUCUUGUCAAACUGUUAGAGCAGAAUCCUCCAGCACCCGGAAGCCCUACUGCCAUCUUCUUGACCUGACCAUCAAUAGGUGAUAAAGAGCUUCAUAAUAGUCGAUAAACAAUUUUGCGGAACUGGAAGGUGAUAUUCUUGUACUCUGGUGGGGAAGGAAGUGCGUAUAUUGUUGGUUCAACGAAGUGAAGAAUUGAUGGACUGGGUGAGAGUCUUUGAGAGUGUGAUGCACUAUAUUUGAAUUUUUGAAUAUUGGGUUAAUUCGAACUAUGUAGUUUUGUUCUAGUGCUGCUUCUUACGGACGGCUAAGUUUGUUUAGAUCUAUUCAGUACAUCUGGAUUUGUUAUCUUAUCAAAAAGUAUUAUACUUUUCAACCAAAACAACAGUUAUAUAUUUCAAGAAUAUUAGUCCCUGUCAACAAGUUUGAUUG